AUGGGAAGGAAGCUGCGCGCGCCGAGCGAGCUGCUUCGCAGCAGCGGCGUCACGCAGACCGGGCCGUUUGCGGAGUACUACCGCAAGCUGGUCGACGACAUGACAAGGGCCACGGAAGCAGCGCACGCAGCGUUGGCGAAGGACCAACUGCGUCGCGAGAGGUACUACAAUCGACGUGUACGGCAGGAUACAACGUUCGAGGUUGGAGACUUGGUGUGGGUGCUCAAGCCUCCACGAGGCCAGGGCAUCACGAAGUUGGCCCAUCAGUGGGUGGGCCCGACGAGGACCGUGCAGUCGGCAGGGUUCGACAACUGGGAGGUCGUGCGCGACGACACGGACGAGCAUUCGAUCGUCCACUGCAGCUUUUUGGUGCCGAGCCGCUGUCCGAGCGACUCCUUGGGCGUGAUCGCGGAGAAGAUCAUCACAGAGCUGGAGGACGAC